AAGUACGUAACUAACAGAACGGCUUUGAAAUGGCGACCACUGCGCAUAAGCAGGCCCGGAAACUCGUAACCGUCUGCAGUUUUCCAACAGGGCAGUCUUUCGGAUGCCCCGACGAAGCUUUCCGACAAGAACCCGAUCAGGUUACGAAGAAGGUGUCGGAAUUCAUCGAAAAUUUUAAAAAAGAGACGGAAGCUCUUGUGACAAAUAUUUUCCCACAGAAAGUCCUUGAUAUUGAAGAAGUAUAUCGGAAAAUGAUUGCAGAGAAAAUUAGUGCUGUCCAUGAAGGGAUCAACAUUCCUGUUCCAGAGCCCAUUGUCUCAGAUGGGGAUGAGCCAUCAACAAAGAAGAGAAGACUUGAGAAUAACCACAGUGGUGCACUUGAAAUCUCUGGCACACCUGUUCUGGUGUUUCCUGAAGGCAAGGUGUCGUACAAUCACAGAAUCCACAACUGGGCAGAGUCUAUUAAACCUCUUAUCAUGGACCUCAUGGAACAUGCCAACAUGGUUAAAAUGUGGAUCAGCUUCUUGAUACCCAAAAUAGAAGAUGGGAACAAUUUUGGAGUUUCUAUUCAGGAAGAUACUAUGGCAGAGGCACGGCAGGUAGAAACAGAAUCAGCUACUUACCUGGACCAGCUUUCACGUUACUAUGUCACACGUGCAAAAAUUAUCACCAAAAUUGCAAAGUAUCCACAUGUGGAGGAUUAUCGACAAGCAGUGAGAGAGCUAGACGAAAAGCAGAUUGUAUGCUUACGGCUCACUUUGUGUGAGAUGAGGAACCAUUACGCAAGUUUACAUGACAUCAUUCAUAAGAACAUGGACAAGAUCAAGAAGCCAAGAUCAGGAAAUGCAGAAAACCUCUACUGAUACACCAGGAUAACCUUUUUUUCUGAUGCUCAUAAGAUGACAGAUGAGCCUAUGUGUGAUGGAAUGGGAGAAACUAAGCACCUUUGUGUCAGAAAUGUUUUAAAAUGAUGGCUAGUGAUGGGUGGAUUUCUUGUCACUAACCCUAGAAAUGUGUGAUGAGAAACCUACAGAUGAGACAGCUUACAUAAUUAUAACAGCCUACAAAAAUUUAAAGAGAGGAAGAGAGCAAUUCCCAGAGCAGUGUAUGAGUGUAUGUGCAUAUUUGAAUGCAUGGUAAGACAACAGUGCUAAGAUAAGUGGUUGUGUGAAAAAAAACCUGAUCAACAGCUAUUUUUAGUUUAAUUAAUAAAGUGUGUGUAGUCAAAGGCUUAAAGACUUGGCAAACAUUUUUUGUUGGACCAAGUGUUCUAGUAUCUAUUUUUAAUAAUAUACCCAAACUGCAGUGAAUCUCAACAUUGGCUUAGAUUUUAUCUCUACUCCAGCAAUCUGAUAUAUGACAUUUCAGUAAGUUUUUAGUGCACAUUACUGUGACUGCAAUAAAAGGGAGAUAGCAUGUAAUGUGAGGAGGUAUGCUUUAAAUCAAGCCUAUGUUUUGGUUCUGUAUGUUUUGGCUAUUACACAAAGCACCAUAAUUAGUUUUCUUGUUAUAGGACAUGCUGCUUUUUUUUUUUUUUUGAAGAAACUUCAGCAGUUAGCUUAUCCCAUCCAGGUUUCCUAAUUGAACGGGUGUUGGAAGAGGCCCUAUGAUGGUUCUGCAGUUGUUGCGUACCGGCUUUUGCAUUUGUUUUGAUGUACACAAUGUUCUAGCAGAUUGAAUUUUGAUCCUUUUGAAUUGUGCCUAUGACUAAAUCGGAAAAUUCUGCUAAGGUUUUUGUUGCUUUUGUGAAGAUGCAUGCAAUAUAAUGCGUCAUGCAUUUCUCUUAAACAUCAAAAAGUGGGGUCACAGAGGCAGUAAUACUUGUACAAAGAUCCCACAUGUUCAUACAUAUUUCAGGGUGCUUUCUGUAUUGAAAAUGUUUGCUUGAACUUACCUAGCAUUAGUAAUGAAGGAUGGAGUAUGCGAGGCCAAGAACACAGCCAGCAAUGCUCAAAACAACUAACCCCGAUCUUUAAUACAUAAUGACCCUGUUUUUUUGAGUCACAAAUGAAGAUGGACAGUCAGCCUGUAAAAUACUAAAGAUGAAAUGUGUUGCGCCUUUGUGUUGUGCCAGGCCAAAAGCUGUUAUCCAUCUGGUUUCGCUUUUUUUAUAAUGUAGGAAAUGUGACAGUAGUUUUACACCAAUCUAAUUUUUUUUUAUAUUAUUUUUUGGUGAGAAUUUAGAAGUACUAUCUGGCUGUUGUGUGCAUUGAAGAAAACUAAGCAGGUGGUGUGAGUGUUUUUGUUUUUUUGUUUUGUUUUUAUUUUUGAAUGGGUGGUUGAGUAAUAUAACCGGUUUUAGGAUUAUGGGUUAAAGAAAACAGAAUAAAAGCAUCAUGCACGAAACGGGUCAAUUUUAUUGAUAGGCAUGUGUGCCAAUUUUAGAUUCAUGUAAAAAGAAAUAAAACAAAGGUUACAAUGUGAAUGUUGUGAUCUGCUGACUUGACAUCAACACUGACCAUCGCAAAAAGAAUAAAAGCACUGAUAGGAUGCAAUUUGA